GCUGUCACGUGACGCAGACCGUCCAUGACAACAUGUCUGGCUGCUAAGUUAGCUAGGCUCACUUAGCCUGCCAUGAUGUGGCUACAGGAAAACUACACUUUGCUACGUGCCAACGUCGAAAUAACCAUGACUUCAGAUGGAUGAAGUGACUAAAUCAGGGAGAAUCCAGGGAGACUCCCGGACGUAAAGGAAAACGCCCCUGCCAUGGCAGCCGGUGUUAGCAUAGUGAGUGACUUGCCUUACUCCACGGGUGGAGCCCACACUGGCAAGAUCAGCUCCGAGAUGGAGGCAGCCAACACAAGGAUUCCCACGGCAAAGUACACCAAGAUGGGGGAGACCCUGAGGCACGUCAUCCCUGGUCACAUGCAGUGCUCCAUGGCCUGUGGUGGGAAAGCCUGUAAAUAUGAGAACCCCUCUCGCUGGACAGAUGAGGAGCAAGCCAUUAAAGGACUCUACUCGUCCUGGAUAACGGACAACUUGCUAGCUAUGGCAAGGCCAUCCACUGAAAUUAUAGAGAAAUAUAGUAUAAUUGAGCAAUUUCACAGAUUUGGUUUGAGAACAGUUAUUAACCUUCAGCGGCCUGGAGAACACGCCAGCUGUGGCAACUCACUGGAGCAAGAGAGCGGUUUCACUUACCGCCCUGAAACCUUCAUGAAGGCAGGCAUUUAUCAUUACAACUUUGGAUGGAAGGAUUAUGGUGUGGCAUCUCUGACUACAAUCUUGGACAUGGUGAAAGUGAUGUCAUUUGCAGUUCAAGAGGGUAAAAUGGCCGUCCACUGCCAUGCCGGACUUGGAAGAACAGGUGUGUUGCUGGCUUGCUACUUGGUAUUCACAUCCAGGAUGAAUGCUGAUCAAGCCAUCUUGUUUGUGCGAGCCAAGAGACCUAACUCCAUCCAGACAAGAGGCCAGUUGCUCUGUGUUAGGGAGUUUGCCCAGUUCUUGGUUCCUCUCAGAAGUGUCUUCUGCUGUGCUGAACCCAAAGCGAGUGCUGUCACCUUGUCCCAGUACCUUACCCGACAGCGCCAUCUGCUGCAUGGCUAUGAGGCACGGCAGAUGAAGAAUGUGCCAAAGAUAGUUCAGCUCGUGUGCAGGCUUCUCAGUGACAUCGCAGCGAACCGUCAGGUGGUGAUAAAAGAAGAGUGGCUUGAGGUGCCCGACCUCACAGCUGAAGUGGAGAAGACAGUUUCCCAGCAGGCCCUUCAGCAACUUGGGAAGGAGAUGAGAGGAAAAGGAAUUCCAGUGCCAUCAUGCUUUGCUUAUCCUCUCAGCUCUCCGGCUCUGCAGUCUAGACCGCUUCACGAUCAACCUCUUAUUAGCGAUAAUGAACUUGACCCUCUGUUUAGGCCACAGAGAUCUUCUCUUUCUGACAUCAAGAUGCUCAGUUACAGUGACUCUUACCUGAACAAACUAGGACAAUGGAGGUCCUUCUCUGACAGUCUUAAGCACAACAAACUAAUAACCAGAUGCCCAAGUAAACGCUCGUUGUCACACAGCAGCCUUACAGCCUGUGACCAACCCAGCUUCUGUGACCUCUUUCCUCAGGAUGUUCUCAGCAGCAUUCAGGAGCCUCUGAUUUUUUCUCCCAGUCAGAUAAACACAGAAGACAUGAGAUGGCCCUUUAUAAAAAAGAAGCUACACAAGGGACAUCAUAGUUUGUCUUUAGAUCUGUCAGAGUGGGGGAACAAAGCUGACUGCAAAGCCACAUUGCCAGCCUUAUCAACAAAGACCACCUUGGUAUCCAAGGAACAGCCACAAAUCGGUAUGCCACUGCUUAGAACUUCUGACAGAGGGGACGAUCUAGAGGGACAUGGAAAUGUUUCCUCCUUUACCCUCCAAACUGAACUCUCUCCAGAGGCCAGGCGUCUGCUAGUGGCCAAAGCACUGGCCAUGGAUCUGUCAGACGAUGAUCUCGGCUCCAAGGUCUCACUUUGGCAGAUGGAGCUUAACUCUCGAGAGGGGGCCUGGGAGAGGCUUUGCACUGAGAGAGAUCCUCUGGUGCUGUCAGGUCUAAUGUGGUCGUGGCUCAAGCAGCUCAGAGACCCUGUGAUCAGUACUGAAGACAUCAAUAUCCUCAGUGAGAAGAACGUAAACCCACAGAAUGCCCUCGACUGCCUGGAGAAGGGUCACAGGCUGACGCUGUUGUGUAUCCUCGACUGUGCCGCUCAUCUUCUGCCGGUGCCCAAAGAAGUGGAGACUAAUUUUCUGAACCAAACAAUCAAAGUGUUUACUAACAUUGACCCUGCCUCUGAGGAGAACCACACUUUGUACGAGACGCUGAAAGAAAUCCUGACAACAGUUCUCCAUGAGCUGCAUGACAAGGCUGUAGAGGAAAAUCAAAACUCCUGAUCAGCCGCUACAAGACAGAGAAACGCAAACACAGUUGCACUUUCAGGUUUUGAGCCUUAUUAGAAGUCAGACACCUGAUAUCACAUGUAUGUACGGCUUAACGAUUAAGAUUAAUCAUGUCCUCAUCAAAAUCACAGUCUUUAAAGAGGGUAAUUCUUCACUUUGAAGCAAUGUGUCAUGGUGAUGCAGCUGUGUACAUUGGCAGGAAAUUUACUUGUCAAAAUAUGGAAAUUAUGAAUAAAUAUGACACCAUUGAAGAAUGUUGUAAUAAUUAAAUCUGUGAAGUCAGCAGAAGAUUUUGGAUUGUGGUACAAAUAAAUUGAGAAAAUCAGUAUAUCUUGGAAUUAAGUUCCACUCAAAGUCCUGGUUUACUAAGAAAAAAGAGUACAGCUACAGUUUGAGUUCUUACUGUUGUUCAGCCCUACAUAUAAAGUAGAUUUGUGUUUUAGGCUUAACUGAUAAAAGUGAUGAAAAAUAGAAAUACAUUGCAUAUUUUAAUUUGCAUUAUAACUUUAUAUCAAUAUCGUUGCUCCACCCACAUGCUGUGAUUGGACUAUUUUUCAGUCUGGUUUGGGUAAAGCAUCAGAAUGUCAGUUCUCUGUUAAAU